AUGAGCGAUGGAAUUAGAGAUGAAGGCCUGGAUGCCUUCCGUGCGAAGAUGCGGACCUUCUUGGACGGAUCUGCAACUACGAGCUCGUGGACUCCACGGGCACGUGUAUAUCAUUUUCGCAGCUUUGGACAUCUAAACUUCUACGAUACUUUGAUGGUGGAGCCAGACUCGAAGCGUUCCUUUCUCGUGGAAUUCGUCAUCCGUUUCAGUGACGAUUCAGAGUCCUGCAGUGGCAGUGGCUGUGUGACGUCCCCACGAGACAUUAGAAUCGGCGACGUUGUGGAGCUCAUGUCUGGCCAGAUGGAUGAGAAGCUGCCUAAGCCGCCUUGCCACUUCACGGUCAAGGUCUCCAAGAUGCGCGUCUCUGAGCCUUGGACGGGCAUGUUUAUUGAAGCCUGCAGAGAGCGUGGCCAGGACGGCCUCGCUCAGAGGGAGGACGCUUGCAAGAGUCCUGUGGCCCGAAAGAGUUGCAGCCACCAAGCUUCCAAGUACGGGUUCCACCGUCCGGUCUUCCAUGAUGGUAUUGACCAGUCCUGGUUCGAGGACUUGGACCGGAUUAAUGAGCAGAAAGGUGACGAAAAACGACGACAGAAGCGGGAGGCUAGGAAGGCUGCCAAAGCCAAGUCGCUGCCAGAGCCCGAGCCACCAACUCUUCCCGAAGAAGGAGAUGAAGGAGAUCCGGGCGACGAGCCGCGCAUCGAAAUUGGGGCCACCGACGAAGAGCUGGACUUCUUGCAAAGCGUGAUCGAGGCUGAGAAGACGGGGGAUACGGCGGAUGCCGAGGAUCAAGAGGGCCUGCUGCGCACUGUUGUGGCAAUGAAACAGGAGUCUCGAAGACAUCGCAAGCCUCGCGCCCUGCUGCAGUGUCACUUUCCUCAAGCCGAUCGCCUGGCAGCGUACUUAGACGGGCAGGUGCUGUCCACCUGCACACGGGAUAGGCUGGUGAUGCUCUACUGGGGCGACGUCGACGUCGCGGAAGGGCACCAGGAUUGUUGUGAACGGGUCCUGGCCACGCUCUCAAGGCUGUACCAGCAACGCCAGGUCGAGGUUCUAGGGUCGGCCAAUCAGGCGGACAACUGCGAGGUCAGGGUUCCGGUGCACUUGCACUCCAUCAUCCAGCGCGUGUACUUUGCCAGCACCGAGCGCAAGGCACCCAGCCUUGCCGACUGCUGCGCGCAGUACCUCCAGGCUACUUUCGGGCAUCCACGCCGCGGAAUGGUCGACUCGGUGGUGGCCAAUGAAGUCUUCCAGGGCAAGUCUGCAGUAGCCGAGGUGCAAAGCUCUCUCUGGGAGUUUGUGCGCCGGGCACGCAACUUCAUUUGCUUUCCGCGGGAGAUUGAGGUGGCCCUGCACUUGGCCAUGGAUGCUUCGCCUUGGGGUGUUGUAUUCAGGUCACGGAGUGGGGACCCAGCAUCGGACUCUUCGCAUGGAAAGGAUCUGAUUUUGCAGAGAGGCCGUUGUGACAGCAUGGUCUACGUGGAUGGCUUGUUCUGGUGGAGCAAGGACGUGCCGCGCAUCCUGGUGCCUGAGAAAGAUCAAAAAGCGGUGCCCUCUGGUGCCUUCUUUAAACUCCUCGAAAUCAAAGAGCGCUACAAUUUUGACAAUCUUCACAAUCCCACGGCUGAUGGAAGCAGCGCGCCUAAGUUACUGCAGCGUGUCUUCACUGGCAGAAACCUGGCAUUGGAUGUUGGCGCUUCCCCUGGAGGUUGGUCAUAUUGCCUUGCCAAAGAGUUGGGCACGAAGUUGGUCAUUGCUUGUGAUCCGGCUGCCUAUAUGCAUCCGCUGGUUCGCGAACUCAUCGAUGCAGAACACCGCGACGACUUCCUGCCUCUCUUCAGGCCUGAAGAACAAACAGAAGAUGCUAAGCAUUUGAAGUAUAUUGCAGCCUGUCGGAAAGCCGGAACCAGUCCAGCCAUUGGGGCGGAGCUAUUACAAGGCACACAAGGCAGGGCCUCUGGAAGCAUCGUGCAUUGGCGUAUGCGUGGGGAGGAUGCCAUUUCAAAGCUUGAGGCCGAGCCGGAGCAGAGGAAGCUCUCCUUGUUUGUUUGUGACAUGAAUGACGGCCUAGAAAAUGCCUGCCAGCUACUAUACCAAGUACACGGCCGCGGUCUUUUCGAACCCCCAUGCCUGGCUGUGGUCACCUUCAAGAACACCUGCCGCUCCAAACGCGAAUUUCGUGAGCGAAAGCGUUCCAUGGUGGAUCGGCUGAAGCGGGAUGGCGUCCUGCACUGCAUACACGAGAUCCAUUUGUUUGCCAACACUCGAUUGGAGACCACAAUCGUCGGCCAAAUGCUUUGA